AAUGGCACUGUGGAGUACAACGAAUUCAUCCGAAUGAUGAAUCGGUACACCGAGAAGACGGCCAAUUGUCCUGACGCCGAAAUGUUGGAGGCAUUUAGGACUGGCCACUACCAGGGCCGGGGUUGCUUUUCUCGCCUUCCUUUGCGCACCUUUGAUUGCGACUGGAGUGCCGCCUUCAACGGUGGCAAAGCGAAUGUCCAGCACCCACAUUUCCGAUGGGCUUGUGGAUCUUUGGGGUUUGAUGUGGGUCUAAACAAUCCAGCCUUCACGGUCGAAGACAAUCGAACUCGCCUCCUUUCUACUUGUACAGUGAUAGGAUUUGAAUGUCUGUCUUCACUGUCUAAGUUGACUGUCACCUCGGUGAGGUUUGAGUUGCAAAUGGUGGAUCGUAAUUUUGGGUACUUGUACUGGUUGCAACUUCUAGGACGCGCUUUCGAGGGGCGAUGGGUUGUGCCCUUGCAGGCCCGCAUGGCGAAUUGCCGUCAUUUCCUCCAGCACCUUACCGUCGAAUAA